UAGAAGAAGCAUCAGUCCUAUCUGAACCCUCGUCAAGGGAUGAGCUUCUGCAAAACACGUCAUCCAAGAGUGAUUAAUGAGGGAGUGAAAAAUUUGGAUGGUAAGAACGGUUACAUUCCUGACGUGACGACCGAAGGAGAGAGAUGAAGGAUUAGCUAUGAACCAGUGAUUAGACACCCGCGUCUUCUUGAGUCCAACGGAAGUGCUUUAGUGUAAUGAUUGAAGAGGUCGAAGUCACCCCUUCAAACACCAAUGGUGUCGAACUCGGGGAACUGUCCUUCAUGCAGUUCCUCCUCCUCCUCCUCAUCUUCCUAAAGUUCGUAACCCUGUACUCUGUUGGUGUUCUUCCCGUUGAGAUAGACCUUGGAGGUCUCUUCGAAGAGUCCACGAGCGCUCGCGGCUUCGUUAAUAAGGAAGCUGAGAUCUCCACGUACCUUCUGGAUUGUCCUCUGCAGUUCGUGUGCGACGUAGACGCAUGGGCAAACCGAGAUCAUGAUUACUACCUUGAGAGCCUCGUUGCGUCGUGGUUUAGGAACUCGAACCACACGUGGCAGCGACCGGACAGCGAGGUGUAUGGAGGACGCGGCACUUGCAAGGAGAUGUACCCGUGUCCUUUCGACGUGCAGGAAGUCGUUGGCAUUCGCAUCCCCGGCUCGAAUGCACUCCAUGGCGCCGAGGAAGAGUCCUAUUCCUUCUUCUAAGGGAUGCACAUUGUGAAGGAUGAUGGCGUACUAGAAGAGUUUCCUUUCUCCUGAUGUUUCCACCGCAUCCAUCCGUCCAAUAAGGCUGUUGUGAAUCCAGAGGGGGAGUUUUACAUAAUUAAUAAGCUGUCUGCAAAAAAGGGCAUUUGAUGUAAAGAUGACUCACAGUCCAUUAGAUACGUAAGCUUUUAAACCACUCCGUGACAAGGAGUGGUUUACCAUUGUUUAAUUUUGGCUUCUAGUUGAUACCUCCUUUAUUUAUUUAUUUAUUAGUUACGCCACCGACGUUUUCGCCUCCCCCUUCCGUUUUUGUAAAGUCUUACAGUUAUUCUUUAUACAUAAUAUAUAUAUAUGUAUAUAUAUAUACAUAUAUAUAUAUACAUAAUAUAUAUAUGUAUAUAUAUAUAUUUAGAGUGGCAUUUUCAUAGGAGCAUUUUCAAGACAUUAUCUCGCAACUGUUAUCAUCUCACUGGCGAAACAUGUUCAUACCUUUCGUUUCAAUUCAAGGACACCAACUCUGCAUUUCUCCAUAAACUAAGGUGGGAAUUGCAACGUGUCCAAUACGUAUAUAACAUACAUUACCUCGGCCAAUGAAUCUUUCAAUGAUUUCAACAGUCUGAAUAGCCUGUAUCAUAUAGUAGUAAUUGGCAUAUUUAUGCCUAUAAUGUGAAUAUUUUUUUAAAGUGAAAUUUUAUAGCGUUUUGUGACACGUUACAUUAAUUUGUUUUGCACUUUCUCGUCUCUUCACAUUUACAUAUUCAUUUGCCUUUUAGUUUUCAGAGGUAUAUAUAUAUCAAAGCUGGAUUGGUGAUAUGCCAGGCACAUGUCAGUCACGUUUAUAUUAAAUAGGUUUACAUAUAUCUUUUGUAUAAGAAAUAGCCCGGUUCAUGUAUAAAUUGUGGUACAUUGUAACUAAUUGAAUGGAUAAUGUGAACAUUUGAUAUUUGUUUUCUUUGAAAAUGAUCUAGACAACUGAUUUUUUUUCAUAUAUAAAUAAAUAAAUAAAUACACACACACACACACACACACACACACACACACACACACACACACACACACACACACACACACACACACACACACACACACACACACACACAACACAC